AGGCCCUAUUUUUAGUGAACCCCGAUACAAAGUGUGUAAUCCUAAAUUGAAAGUGUGCACUACGAAUUCGAGAAGUGUGUACCUACUAAAUACUAAUAAAUAAGACUACUUGCUAGAUAGUAAUAGGUAGUAUAGAAUACAUCAUUCACAUUUAUAAAAAAUAAUAUUUUUUUUAAUUUUUUUUGAUUUGUCACUUAUUAUUGACGAUAAAUUGACUAUGGUGAACCUGAUAUCAGCGGUGAUUAUUGUGUUUUCAUGAUAGACCAAACGUGGUUACAAUGUUUUAUUCAUACCUUAUCAGUUAUCAGUUAUAAUUUAUCAACAUUCUCACCGCACAUGUGAAAAUUUUGAAGUGACAACGAUAAAAUAGGUGUUAACUGUCAAGUGUUUUUGAUUUUAAUUUUUAUCCUGGUGACUGGUACCUAUAGUGGUAUUUAUAAAAAUUGAAUAGUGAAUACUAUACUGAAAGAAAUUUAAAAUAAUACAUUUGUACCUAAAUACGUUAACCAUUAUUGUAUUAUUAUGACUUCAAACAACAUUACAAAUAUGAGUAAAUCCAAAAAACUUAAAACUCUUCAUCAUUUUUUCAUGCCAAAAUUAAAUUCUGGUGACAAUGAUCAAGGUGAUGAAGUACCAUCAGGUAUUUAUAUACACAAUUUUAAAAUAACUUGGUUUGUGUUGGCUGUUUGUGUUUAUAUAAUAUGGAGUUUAUAGAUUCGUUGUAUAUUAAUUGUAUGUAAUAUGUAUUUACACAUUUAAUUUAUAACAUAUAUUUAUAUUGAUGGGUAGAAAUAAUUGUUAUAAGAAUAAUUUAUGUUUUCAAUGUUUUAUAUGUUAAUUGUUAGACUAUUUGUGUUCAGUGUAUGCAGUGACCCAAGCUACUUAAGUUAUUAAGUAAAAUUGCAUACAUAUUAUUUUAAAUGUAAUGUAUAUUAUGUAAGUAUAUUUAAUUGAUGUAUUAUUAAAUCCUAGAUUACUUGUUAAAUGUGUUUAUGUUUAUUAUAGUUUAGUGAUUAAUUAUUGUAAUUAAUUAUUGUGGAACUUCCAUUAAUAAGGUUUUUCUCCUAUCUUGAACUUAAGUACAUUUAUAUGACCUAGUUGUUAAAUUGUCUAAAAAUCUUAUUGUAAUUAGUAAAUUAAUUGAAUAUGAACCUUACCUACCAGUUAAUUAUUUCCAUGAACGAUGAACAAGUAUAGGAGGUAAAAAUAGAGGUUUUCAUAUUUACAGCUUUCUUAUUAUUAAUUAUGUGUGCAAACUGUGUUUGUAAAUUUGUAAUAAUUGUUCAUUUAACUUGGUAUUUUUGAAAGAGAUAUUGCAUGAUUGUGUUAUAAAUUAUGUUUUUUUUUUUACUUAUGAGGUACAAUGGUAUAUUAUGUGAAUAAGUAAUUUGGGUUGGUAUACUAACAUUAGUUCUAAGUUUUAUUUUCAAAAUAGUUUCAAUUCAAUAUUAUCCAAUAUCUUUAUAUUUUUUCUGAUAGCUUCUGGUUCUGGAUCUAUUUCUAAUGUUGAUGUUGAUGUUGAUAUUAAUAAAGAUAUUUCUAAGAUAACUGUGGAAGAUGAUAAUUUUACCAAAAAUUUAAAUACAAAUGAAGGACUUGGUAUUGAAUUUAAUGAACCUGCAAUAACAAUAAAAAAUAAGAAGAAAAUUAAGUUAAAUUUGGAUUUAAAUUUUGAAAAGAUAGGCUCACAGGGAAGAAAAAUGGUUAGAUGUAAAGUUUGUUAUCUUUAUCCACAAACUGUUUUAAUAAAUUGCAAGCAAAAAAAUCACAUACCACCUAUUUGCUCAGAAUUAGGUACUUUGCCUAGAGGUUCAAUUUUAGAAAGUCAUUUACAAUCUGAUAUUCAUAAAGAAUGUAUUAAGGCUGAUUUCAUAUCAAAAUUAUCAGUUUCUGAUACUGAUAUUUCUGCUCCAAUUAAUAAAUUGAUAUCAAACCAAAAUAAAAAGGUAGCACAAAGAAUAGGUGAAUUUAUGUGUACAAUUUUUAAUAACGCUAAGAGGGGAACUUUAAGUGCCUGGUCAUGGCCAUCCAGAGAAGUUGUUGAUUUAAAGCGAAAGAAGUUGGACGUAAGUAUUGAGUUUAAGGCAUUAGAGAUCCAUGAAGGUGAUUUACAGUAUAUAACUCCUACAUACUAUCGUGAUUUUUUAAGUUGUAUAGUGCAAGCAGAUAUUAUCAACUUGAAAAAUAAAUUAAAGACUUGUUUAGCAAUUUCUAUAAGGUGUGAUGGUUCAGUUGACCGAACGCAAAUUGACAAUAUCCAUGUUCUAGCUAAAGUAAUACUGGAAAAUGGAGAAGAUGAAUUAAUCUUUAUAGGUUUUGAAGAACCUAAAUCUAAAGGUGCUUUAGGAUACUUCGAAGCAGUCCAGACAGCUAUUAAUCAACUAAUUGAUUGGAAGGAAACUAUGAAUUUAGUCUCAUCAUUUGUAACAGAUGGAGCCAGUGUAAAUACAGGUCAAAAAAAAGGUCUUUGGACUUUAAUAGAAAAUGAAAGAAAAGCGGAUGAAAUUAAAGUUCCUAUUAUGAAAAUUUGGUGUGCUGUUCAUCGCUCUGCAUUAGCUUGGGAAAAACUAACCCAACAAGUUUCUGAAGUUUCUAAAAUAAUAGAAACUUGUUCAUCAAUUUCCACAUAUUUCCACCAGUCUGGUGUGAGAACGAAAGAAUUGAAAAUAAUUGCUGAAAAGGAAAAUAUUAAGUAUGUACAACUUCCAAAAUACUUUGAUGUACGCUGGACCGAGUUCACAUACAGCCUGCUAGUUGGAAUAUUGAAAAAUUGGAGAGUACUUGUCAAAUAUUUUAUGUUCAACCUUCAAAAUACUAUAAAAGAUUCUAAAGCUGUUGGUUUUUACAAAAUUCUCACCGACAUAAACAAAUUGAAGUUAUUGUGUUUUCUUGCAGAUCUAGGCUAUUUGUACACAAGGUUUCAAAAACAAAUUCAAAGUGAUGAAUUAUUAAUAUUUGAUAUCGAAGCUAGAAAAGAUGGUUUAAAGAAAAAUAUAGAACAGUUAAUUAACUCUCCGCUGAUUGGUGGUUGGGAAUAUAUUUUAACUCAAGAAAUUGUGACUGAAUAUGAACCAAGUACAGAUAACACUAAGAUAAAACUCAAAGAAAUCGAAUUACAUGACAAAAUAUCUUUGGGAAGAACAAAAAGUAGUAGAAAUUUGUAUGUAUCUGAAGAUCGUACAUUUUCAUCAGUACGCAACGAUUCAAUCGAACAUAUUAUGUCAUACCUUGAUCUACGUUUGGAUGUAUCUGAAUGGAAUGAUUUAAAACCAUUAGCCUGUUUAAACGAAUCAAUUUCCGAUGAAGAUUUAAAAAUAUGCCAUGAUAAAAUUUGUCCAGAUUUUGAACUUCUCGAUUUUGUUACAUCAUAUAAAGAAGCAUGCUGUAUCCCACAGUUGAGAAAUAAAAAGAUUUCUAAAGAAGUAUUAAAAGCGCUCUUAAAUAAUUAUGAAGGAUGGAAACCUUUGGUUAUUUCUGUGGCACGCAUCCUGGCUGCUAAACCACAUUCAGCUGAUGUUGAGAGAUUAAUAUCAUAUUACAAUGUCUUGAAAACUUGUGGACGGUCAUCCUUAUUGCCAGAAACUAUAAAAAAUUCUCUUUACAUAAAAUUAAAUAUGUGUAAUGUUUCAAAGUUUGAUCCUCAUCCAGCUGUCAUAAAAUGGCUGUCUGAUAAAAAAAGACAUAAUAAAGUUCAUCCACUUGCAAAACAACAAGAGUGGUAUGGAGGUGUUUUUGAGGAAGCCAGAUUAAGCAAAACAGCUGAUGAAGACUUAGCUAUUAAGGAUAUAUGCAUACAAUUUUAAACUAUAUAUCCCAUGAUUAAUAAAAAAAAGAAUUAUUAAAAAAAAAUAGUUGUCAUUGUAUUUAUUAUUUAAUUGUAUAAUCAUGGAAGUUUGGGGAAGGGGGGUGUGGGGGGCUUUGCCCCCCACGGUUUCGUAUCGUAUCAUGGUACAUUAAAAAAUGUGUAGUACGAAAUUUUAUGAAAAAUAGGGGCUGGU